AUUAAAGGUAACCACAUUACUGUUUGAAAAUGGAAAAUAAAACCUAAAUCGAAUGAUUUCUGUGAACUUUAUGCAGUGACUGGAAACCGUGACGCAACCUCGGCCGUCGCGGACCCCCUUGAGUGCGCUCGCGCUCGCGCUGCCUCCGCUGUUUAAAUGGGCCAAGUUUGAGAAGCGGCGGAGAGUGCAAAUCUUGUUUGGUCUGGGUCUAUGAACUAAAGCGUGACUUCAGCGACGUAUUAGGGGUUAAAAGAAAGAACGAGGGAGAGAGAGAGAGAUAGAGAGAGAAAAAAACCCAAAUAAAGUCCCAUUAGCGCCAGGCAUCAUUUGCAAUCGAAAAGGCGCGCAUAGAUGGCUUAAUUAUUUCUAUCCUCGUCAGAUAUGAAAAAUGCUCCGAGCCAGUCAGGCUCACUAGGUUACCCACUGUGCAUGUACUAUUGAACUUUUACGUGAUCUGCAGUACAUAUAACCUUACUACGCAUUAUAAUGCGUUAAAACGUCCUAGUUGUAUGGUGUCCUCAUUACUUUCUGGACGAAAAUAAACUAAGCACUGGAGUUGAUGCAGAAAAUAAACAUAGCGAAGUUGCCAUAGUGAUUAUUUUAAAGGAAACGCGGGAUAAACAAUCAUUAGGCAUUGAGCACGCUCAGCGUUAAUAUCUGGCGGAGAUGUCAGGCAUUAGUCCGAUUAGAUGUGGUGGGCAGGAGCGCGGGGAGACCCGUCAUGCGAGCAGUGCACUGAGGAGAAGAGUGAAGUGGUGAAUGGCUGAACUUAAGCGCUCUGCUGUCAGCCAGCGACGCGGGAGUCGUGCGUAAACACACCGGUGCGCCUGGAACUCCACGAAGAGGGACACAAGUUGGGACGCAUGAACUGCUAAUCACACGUUACCGGCGCUCCGCUUCGGGUAACAUGCCUGCCAUCAAAAAGGAGAGACUGGAUGGAGAAGACAUGGCAUUAGCCGCCUUCAACCAACCCGAAUACCUGGCCCCUUUAAAUGCCACCGCUAUCCCCGUGGUGACCCCUCAUCCGCCGCCGUACGAUCACAUUUUCGCCCAUCAUCAGCGCGCGUACUUGGGCUUUCGCGACACCGCGCUGCAUCAGCAGCACCUUCACCACCACCCGGACGACUUCAUGCUAGAGAGCUUCUCGUCAAUCCCGGACUUUCAGCCGUUUUUCGACAACGGAGAGCCUUGUAUCGAAGUGGAAUGCGGGGAAAACAAAGCACUACUGUACAUUAACAAACUGUGCCAGGGCAGCAAGGGGCCCUCCAUCAAAUACCGGGCUGAGUGGCUCACCCCAAACGAGUUCCAGUUCGUGAGUGGAAGAGAGACAGCCAAAGACUGGAAACGGAGUAUUAGGCACAAAGGGAAAAGUCUGAAGACACUUAUGUCCAAAGGAAUCUUACAGGUACAUCCUCCAAUCUGUGACUGCCCUGGCUGUAGAAUUUCAUCUCCUGUGAACCGUGGGCGACUGGCAGAGAAACGCACCAUUCCCUUGCCGCCAACACGGGUGCCCAAAAAGGAGCUGGCCUCCGUUUUCAGCAGUGACGACAGCGAGGGCAGCGAGCGGGCCAGUGGAGAUCAUGCAGACAUCAAACAGGAAGAGCUGCAUUACACUAUCAUGAGAAAGAGUCGUGACAGUGACCUCUCAACGAUCAUCUCCAACCUGCACCACACCCGACAGCACGGCAUGCCCGAGGGCCAGCCCUGCUCCGACCUCAGCCUCGCCUCUGCACACUCAGAUGACAUUCUAGGCAAGAGGAGAGCCUACUCCCCCAACAGCAGCAGCGAGUGCCCAUCUGACAGCAAGAAGUCCCGCAGCGUGUCACCUAAAGAAAACUCUCACACUCCUGCGCUGGAGCCAGGCAGUCACAUGACCCCCGAGGAGCACUACAGGCGCAUGAUGUCAGCUCUGAACGAGCAUGGCUCUUAUGAGGAGCAGCAGCAGCGCCUGUAUCAGUUGGCGAACAACAUGGGCGUCCCGAGUCACGCCCACCCAACGCUAGGAUGUCAGAGUGGGUGA